UUCGUUAUGGUUGGGCAAUUUUGUAGUAGUUUUGUUUGUACAGUAACCAGACUUGGUGCCAUUAUUGCGAUCCCAAUCGGUUGAUAGUGGAUGCAUUGUUCUCGAGCUGAAUUAUAGGUGCAAAGAUAUCAAAACUUAUCCAACCCGUGUUUCAAGAUUGCCAGGUUACCAUACAUAGUAAUGAACUCUCCUGUUGGGUUUAAGCUAGGGACAACCUCUUUGUGUCCUACCAAUGCUUUGAUAAAUGGAAUUAAUGGAGCACAUACCGAAUAAAAAAAUUAUUUUAUCGCAAAUGCAAUUUUCAAUUCUGUUAAACUGGCACGCUUGCUCUUGUGUGCAAUUAACCUAACUUGUAUGCAACACCAUAACUCUUUCUCAAACAUUUUACUCUCACAUGGAUCUCUUCCGGAAAGAGGAAGAUUGACAACUGGACCAGCGUUCUCACUGAAAAAUUGUUUACAAACAUAUUUAUCAUUGCGCCGAUUCGCAUCGAAACAGUUUUGAAUAAACUUGGCUUGUUCUUAGAUAACAUUGGCGAAUUAUGGCUUCCACCGACGACGAUAACUGGUCAAUGCAGUGCUGUGAGCUGGAUGAUUUGAUUCCCACCCCGGAGGAGCUGGAGAGUGGAUACAUUGCGCUGGAAAAUGGAACUUUUCCACUGGAGCUGAACUGGAAGUGUCCUGGCCGGAGGCCACCAUCUCCGGUGCAGAAGGAUGAACCUAAAGUAGCGGAAGUGGUGGAGAAGGAAACACCAACCAAAAACAAAGAGUUUGACUUCAUGGAUGAUGUUGCGCUGCCACAGAUGCGAGUCCGAACGCAGAACAGCGGACCGAAGGGCUCUGCCAAAAAGAAAACUACCAAUUUUGCCGGUGUGCUGGAUCAAAUGAAGAAGCAUGGCCGUCUGACGCCUCUCAAGGAUGGCGCUACAGCCGGAACCGGUGCGGCUGCUGGUGCCACCAGCAGUGGGGCAAGCUCUACUACAGGAGGAAGUGCAACCACUAGUUGAGCUCAGAUUGAAAAGUAUUUAUACGUAUUUUAAGUUCUUGUUAUGAUAAAAAUUAAUGAAGCUCACUCGAGAGUUGAGUCAGCUUAAGCAACCACAAAAAAAUUUGAAUCGCACGGCAAAUGUCUGCUGAUUCAUUCACCGUUUGGCGAAAAAAGAAAAGAAAAUCCGAUUAGCUCAUGACUGGUGGUGGAAAUUACCGAUCCCAGAACUCUAUAACCCGGUGUAAAUGUAAGCAAACCACUGUUCGAACGUUUCUAGUCCAAACAAAAAUCUAGCUUCUGCAGCCACUGACUAAGCUAAGCUACAUACUUAUAGAGCAGCAGGCAAACCACGUCCAAACAAGCGCACCAGCUGCGACUAAUGUAGGGGUAAACAGGGUAAGACCGCUCACCGUAGUUUUACUACCAAGUUAUAAAAUAAUUGAAAAAUUUCUUUAACGUGUCUAUUACAGUAUAAUUACAUAACAUUUUGCACGUUUUUCUGUUUUGAUAGUGCACGAACGGUCGCAGAAAUAAUCAAAAACAACCUUUCAGCUGGCAACCAGUCAAUGCGCUAUUGUUUUGCGGCAACGGGACUUAAGGUUUUUCAGUCUAAAAAUCUAUUGUUUUGUUCGUGAAUAUACGUUUAAUCGCUUGCCUGAAUCUAUCUUCUUUCGGAAAUAUCGAAAGCCGUGAGUAAUCUUGUAAUUCUGACUACUUUUUCGGUCAAAUAUGAAAAUGUUCCACUGGGGGUAAAGUCGCCCACUAUACAAGGGGUAAAACCGCCACGAAUCCAACUGCUUGUUGUUUUACUUCAAGACCCAAAUGCCUCGACACUACAAAGGGAAUAUUUACAGGAUC